AGCUGAUAUGAUAUUAAAAGUAACCUUCAUAAAAAUAUUUAAAGCUCGGAUGUCAGUGUUCAAGCAAAGUUAGUGUUAAAAUAUGUAUAAUUGUUUAGUGCCGUGAUUUAACAACUAUGAUUGCGCUAUCUUAUAGGAUUAUUAUUUGUUUAAUUAUUAUUUCUGUCAGAGAAGGUGAAUCCCUCGAAUGUUGGUCAUGCUCGUCUAUCUACGAGCCGGCCUGUGAAGAUCCGUUCAAGCCCAGCGAUCUGACGGGCGGAGCAGUCUACUUUCUUAUGGACUGCAGACGGGAAUAUUUAUUAAAUGGAACCAUGGAAGACCAGGAACUGAUGGAUCACGUACUGGGUCCUGAUGCGAAACCUUACUGCAGAAAAAGAGUUCGUAAAAUAUAUGGAAUGACUAUCGUUAAUCGUGGUUGCUCCAUCGGUGACGAAGACAAGGACUGUUCGAAUGGCCGUGGCUCGUGCGAGAACUUGGCCUGCUACGAAAACGGCUGCAACGCGGCCGCAGACCUCAGCCGAAUUUCUUUGCUGUUCACACCCAUUAUUACAUUAUUACUUUUUUAAUAAAAUACUUUCUAACGUGUGUGUAAUUCAGAAUGAAGUCACCCAGAAAAC